ACAACUGACAUGUCUUUCUAAUGUUAUUAUCAAUCACCUAAAAUCUUCAGUCGUGCUCCCCGCAUCCGACCCACGAAAGUCCCCCAGUUAACAAUUUCCCAGUUCCCCAGUGCACGUCGCGGCCUUCCACCCCAGCCCCCCAGAAACCCCCCGAAGUACUCGAAAGAAGCCCCAGGUGCUCCAAGUGCUCUAAUCCGAAUGUGACCAAUAAUCGAGCCCCGCACGUGGACAAUUCUGGUCGUCAUCAUGUUAAAUGGCCAUUCAUUGAGGUUGGACGUUUGUCGAACAUAACCAAUAAAUCAGAAAAAGCUCGUCAACGUUAUUUUCAUCCCUCUGUCAAUGCGACUGACGUUUGACGUUCCAAUGGAGCCAAACAUCCCCGAGUGCCAUUGACAACCCCGGAAGACAAUCAACCUCAAUCCAGGGAGGAUGAUGAACGGCUGCAUGAGGUGGAACAGUCUGGAGCCAGUGGACUCGAUGAGAAUCCCAGUGAACCCAACGAUGGACAAUAAACUCAAGUUUUCGGAUCGUUUGAAAGCACUAUUGAAAACCGAAUCGCGCCAGGAUGUCGAUCCCUACGUGUUCAGUGAGCCCGAGCCAAUGUUAUCAACAAAGGGUGACGCGAAGCGCAGUCACCAGAUGAUAAAGUCGACAGGACGUGGCAAAUCGGUGAAGAGAAAAACGAGGGAGAUUGUGGGUGUGACUGAUCCCCAGGAGGAGCAGUCCCCUGAUCUCUCUGACGUUAGCAGAACACUUGAGCUUCGUGGCUUGAGCAAUUCCCUCCCCAAAAGAGAUGACUCUCAGCGGAGACAGGGACGUGAUCACACUCUGCUGUACUACCCACGAGCUGGGGACGAGAUAUCAGACAGUGAGUCCAGUGGUGAUGAGCUGAGUGUUCACCAGAGACACUGGUUCACUGGGGAAAUCACAGGCCCAAGGGCUGCACGAUUGUCCCAGGUGAGAUCACAGCUGAGGAGGCGUCUCCUCCAGCUGCAUAAAGGUGGACAAGAGUCUGAGAGACUUCUCAGAGACAGGGCCCAGCGACUCCUGGAGACAGCUGCCAGGAGUCAACUGACGAAACGCUUGAGAUCAGCUGUCAUCAGCAGAUCUUCAGCGAUUCCUCUGCUCGCUGGUGGGCCCUGUGGUGUCGAUGGCUGUGGCCAAUCGUCAUUACCAUCCACUCGUCAUUGUUCCCAACACAUCAUGCUUAACAGUGAUCAAUUGUUGUUCGAGCACUGCACUGCCAAAUUCAGUGACAAUACCCAGUGUUGUGUACCUGUUUUUGAUGUCACUCAUGAAUUACCGUUGUGCCCGGAGCACGCACGCAAACGUGACAAUUAUAAUCGUAAAGCUCAGGAAACAAAGCCAAAGAAAACGAGGAAGAAGUCCACGUCGCCAAGCAUUCCAAGGACGAAGAGCUGCAAGUCGAGGCCGAAGAAGAGGAAACGACCGCCUUCGAUCAAACCUGUUGAGGAGAAGAUUGUUGACUGCUUUGAGGAGCAUUACGGGGGGGAGAUCAUUCAGGACUCUAUGGGGAGUAAGACGUUGAAUAAUAUCAAUGUCCUGGCGCAGGGGAGCUCUAAUAAUGCGAAUCUCAAUGCACUUGGACUCGGCUUGGGACCUCUUGGCCUUGGAGGCGGGCUCAAGGUCGAGCUUGGGGAUCAUGAAGUCUUUGCUGCCUUGGAUCCCACCGAACAUGACUUUGGAAAUGUUCUCAGCAAUUUACCUGCUGAUGCUUUCAAUGAUUUGUUUAUUGAGAGUCGAAACGGGGAGUACGAGCCCUCGAGGGAAGAGGAGGAAGAGCUCGAAAGGGCGCUAGAAGCUGUAGACAAGGACGUGAGAAACCUCGAGCGAAUGGGCCAGACCCACGGACUCCUAGAACCCGCCCUGCUCGCCCAACUAAUGUCCGACAUUGCCUCGUAGCCAACAACCCAAUCCCAAUGAUCAAUCGAGAUAAAUUAGUCAAGUGGUUCUACUCAAGUGUGUUUGAUUUUGGUAAUAACGAGUGAAAAAAAAAACAAAACGUCUGUGUAUGUGGGAUGGCUUUUACGUAAAACACUGUAUCACUAAUAUUGUUGUAUAGUCUGGCUCAAUGUUAACGGAACGAUCAACAAUUAGCUGACAUGAAACACGAGGAAAAAAGUGGAGAAUAUUUUCUUUUUCAUGCACUGUAUAAUGUUGAAUUUGACACGAGGAGGAAAUAUUAAUUUUUUGUAAAGAGGAA